ACGGCGAGGCUACGUCGGUGCUACGCCACCUUCCGGGAGUCGCGUCGAGACCGCGAACCACAUGUCAUUAACAAUUCGAAAUCCUACUGUCCCCACCGUAACAUGAGGACUCUUGUGAGAGCAAAAUGAGAGCCGACAUGUGUUUAGUGUUAACGGAUGUGUCACUCGUUGUAUGUGAAGUUGGUAUUUUCGUUUAUAUGGGUGCAUUGGUUGAUCGCCCUAUGCGGUCCUUUAGUCACUUUCGAUGAUUAGCAUGACCCAAGCACCCUAUUUUAUUAUCAGUAAUGUCGUCUUUGACAAAAAAUAAGUUCAAAUGUGGCGAAUAAGGACUAAAGAUGAACAGGUCGGGCUACGAUUACAACGUGCCUGUAUCUACAACCUACUAUGCGACGAACUCGAGGCCCCCGCAAUAUGAGCGGGGAUACGGGCAGCUUGCGCCGGUUCCUCUUUACAGCCCCUCCUCACACCCCCUCUCCAAUUACGCAGAUGUGUAUGAGGGCAAUAACGAUACUACACUCCGAGCGGAGGAGAGGCACUGGUACAUAGAGAAUCAUAAAAAUCUGCAGAGUAACUACAAUGGAACUCACGAAGCCGUACCUCAGGAGGCGAAAAUUAAAAAGGAGGAGGAGAAAAAAGUUGACGUGCAAAUCGCGAGGGCUGACACGGCGCAAGUCCGCCAGAGGAGAAAAGAGGACCGGUGUUCCUGCGAGUGUUGGCCUAGUUCAGACAAUAAUGGUGUCCAGGACAGUAGUGCAAACGAAACGACGAGGUCGCUAUCGGGCGUCGAUAUGGUGGCGUCGUACGGCGUUUACGGCAACUCGCAAGAGGAAGAUAGCUCGGGAUUUGCACGCACGAGUAUAUCGGAAAAGAACGCCACUUAUAGUCAAAGAAAUGAAACUCCGGUACAGGGUGUUAUAGUUAAUCAGCAAGGCAACAGUGCCGUAGUGCGGUCUGCUAGUUCGACGGAUGCAUCUUGUGGCAAGUGCUGUCCAUGGUCUUCGAAUGCCCAGGCCGCGAAUUCGGAAGACUACUGUUGGAUCCACUAUUGCAAACCGACGCUUAUAGUGCUCCUAUUGUUAUUUUUUCUAGUAUUGUUGGGCGUUUCAACAGGGUUUUUAUUAACAAAUAAUUAUUUACAUUAUCAGCCACGACCACCCGCCCCAGAAGAGGCCUGUGAGAAGACGUUUUGUCGGUGGGGAGCCGAGUGCGUCUCUCUUGGUGACGGUCGUGCGCACUGCGCGUGUCCUACUAGCUGCCCGUCCUCAAGCGCGCCUGUGUGCUCCACAGCGGGAAGAACAUAUCGAAACCAUUGCCACUUACGUAAGGAGGCGUGUGAAAGACGGCUCAACUUGCGCGUCAAGCAUGAGGGUGAAUGUGAAGCUGGGGACCCGUGUUCCGGAGUAACGUGUCCGAUAGGGUCUCGUUGCAUCGUGACGUACGGCCAAGCCGAAUGUCGGUGUCCACGCAGCUGUCAAAGACGAAAGCCGGUGUGCGGUAGCGACGGCCGGGAGUACCCGUCCGCAUGCCAUCUCGAUAAGCAAGCCUGCGAAAAUCUGCUUAACAUCACUAUCAAGUAUCACGGCAAAUGCGAUCCUUGUGCGGACCACGAGUGUGCUGACGGUGGAAUUUGUCAACUCAACGAAGUUCGUGCCCCAGUAUGCAGAUGUGGUCCUCCUUGUGAUCUGAUACCGCGCUCAGGGUCUGCGGUAUGCGGAUCCGAUUACAAAGACUACGAAAGUGAAUGUGCCCUCCGUAGAGCAUCUUGUCGCACUAGACAACAGCUCUCCAUAGCCUACAGAGGAGAAUGUGCUUCAGCUCAACAUCCUUGCGAAUCGGUAAAGUGCGGUGUUCGCGAGCGAUGUACACUCGACGCACGCGGCGUGGCCGUGUGUGGCUGUGGCCCAGAUUGCGAAGAUGUGGUCCGGCCAGUGUGUGGCUCGGACGACCGCACGUACGACAGCCCGUGUUUACUAGAUCGAACAGCGUGUUUGGAUAAUCGAGACAUACGGAUCGCCUACAUGGGCGCUUGUGGAGUAGAAAACCCUUGUGCUCGAGCAAGUUGUCCGUGGGGCGGCGCGUGUGUAACACGCGGUGGUUCCGCGCAUUGCUCGUGCCCCGUAUGUGACUCGACCCUAGCCCCGGUUUGUGCCUCCGACCACAACACCUAUGGCAGCGAGUGCAAGAUGCGCAUGCACGCGUGCCAAUCAAGUCUCAGGGAGGGAGAGCUUCGGGUUUUAUAUAAUGGAACGUGUCAAACAUGUGCGGAUAUGAUUUGCGAGGGUGGAGGAAACUGCGAAGUAGAUUCUGAAAGUGGUCGCCCUGUUUGCCACUGCAACCAUAAUUGCACUGAAGUUCAAGAUUCGGACGUGGUGUGCGGUACGGAUGGUCAGACUUAUCCGUCACAGUGCGAGCUCGAUUUGACAGCGUGUCGCGACCAAAGCGAGCUGCGGCUAGCCUACAAAGGAGAUUGUGCUCUUUGCGAACCUGUCCAGUGCUCUUUCGGAGCUCACUGCAUAGCUGGUGAAUGCGUAUGCCCAACCGAUUGCACCACCGCACUUCGCGAACCAGUGUGUGGAAGCACAAUGCAGACAUUCCCCAACGAGUGUGAACUACAAAAGGCAGCCUGUAAAUUACAACCACCCAACAAACUUCACGUCAUCUUCUACGGAGACUGCAAAGACAGGCUCGCCGUAGUUCCACCAAUCGCUAUGACUACGACCGCUAUGACCACAACAGAGGCGGAAGAAGGAUCGACGGAUUCUUUGGGCGCAACCGAGGGCGGUACCAUGAGCCCAUCGGCGUGCCGGGAUAUCCGAUGCGAUUUCGACGCCAGCUGCGAGAUUGGUUUCGAUGGUUACCCGCGUUGCUCUUGCCUAUUCGAAUGCCCGGUUGACGAUGAAUACUUUCCGGUGUGCGCAUCUGACUUUCGACUUUACCCGAGCUUGUGCGCGAUGCGUAAGGAAGGCUGCCAAAAACAAUUGGAGCUUAGACUGAGGCCCUUGGAUCUAUGUAAAGGUAUGGAAGUGAGGCCUUGCGGUAAUAACAAGGCAAUGAUAGAUAUGUCAACGGGGCUUGAAAUCGACUGCGGCAACGGACCACAUCGCCAGGACUGCCCGCCGGGGAGUUACUGCCAUAUAACGUUAACUGCCGCAAGAUGUUGCCCGAAAAACGAUACAAAACAAGUGGAUGAAAGGAAGAUUGUACACUGCUCUGAGAGUGCUUAUGGUUGUUGUUCGGACGGAUCGACCGCCGCCUCGGGUCCGGGCGAAGAGGGAUGCCCAAUUACAACUUCGACUUGCGGCUGCAAUCGUCUGGGAUCAGUGUCGGAUCGUUGCGAUGACAGUGGCCAGUGUGUUUGUCGUCCCGGGGUGGGAGGGCUUAAGUGCGAUAGAUGUGAGCCCGGAUAUUGGGGACUGCCUCGGAUAGGAUCUGGUCACACGGGAUGCAUUCCCUGUGGUUGUUCCGCCUUCGGUUCAGUUCGAGAAGAUUGUGAGCAAAUGACAGGUCGCUGUGUAUGCCGAACUGGCGUACAAGGCCAGAAAUGUACAGUGUGCGCCGACCAUCGCCGCCGCUUGGGCCCUAACGGCUGUUCUGAUCCGGAGAUUGGCGGUAUAGUGGAGUCAUGCGCGGACUUAUCAUGUUACUUUGGAGCAGUGUGUACUGAACGGACUGGAGGCGCGCUAUGCGAAUGUGCGGCUGCGCCAUGUCCUGAUAGUGAUCUCAACAUGCUGGUAUGCGGGAGCGACGGCAAAACUUACGAGUCAGAGUGCCAUUUAAAACUGCAAGCGUGUCGCACGCAGGAAGACAUAGUAGUGCAGGCGUUUGGUCCCUGCAAGUUGUCCGAAGUAGCUGGCACAGCCGGGCCUCCGCGACCCUCGUCUCCGAUACAAUUUACACAACAAGACGACGGAGCCGCUUCUAAAUCAACAAGACACUUACUAAAUCCCGAUAAGUACUACAAUAAGUAUGAUUGGACGAGGAAGGAGACGCCCAGCGAUUUCGACAACAUUCUAUUGGGACAGAAAUUAAAAGGUUCACAAACAGCAACAACAGCUACCGUGGGAGCAGUGGGCGCACUACUAGGAGAUCUCUGUACCGAGGACGCUGAUUGUUCUGCUUUGCCAGGCGCGUACUGCGCGCGUGGUGGUUGCGUGUGUCGACUGGGGUACACUCCCACUGUACAUAGAAAAGCUUGCAUUGAACAAAUAACGCAAGAAACAACAGAGGAAUACAGUGCCUGCUUAUCUGAACCGUGUUAUAAUUUUGGCACAUGUAUAGACUUACCCGGCUCCACCUACACUUGUGUGUGUUCUGAUUCAUACACGGGCGUUAACUGUGAAUCUCUCAUCAAAGAUGGUCCGUCAAUUACUUACAUUGAAACUCCAUCCUUCGACGGUACAUCGUAUAUUCGCCUAAAACCACUGAAGGCUUACCAUAAGUUGAACAUCGAUAUUGAAUUUAAGGCAUUCUCCGAAAAUGGGGUUAUAUUGUACAAUCAGCAGAAACCCGACGGUACGGGUGAUUUCGUUUCGCUCGCCCUGGUAAAUGGAUAUUUGGAGUUCAGGUACAAUCUUGGAAAUGGUGUGAUAAUAUUAACGUCCCUCGAAAAGAUUACGUUAAACGAAUAUCAUAAGGUAUCGGCAAAAAGAUAUCACCGAGAUGGCAUUCUAUCAGUCGACGAUAUGGAAGAUGUGGCUGGUCAAUCGAGCGGUAAUUUGAAGGCCUUGGACCUUUCUGAAGAUGCGUAUAUUGGAAGUGUGCCUGCAAAUUAUUCCAGGGUAUUCGAUAAUAUAGGAACGAGAAGCGGAUUUAUUGGCUGUAUAAGGUAUCUGAGGAUAAUACGCCAUCAAGUGACAAAGAAAUUGGGUCGUCCGGACUCAUUAGUGGUGUCUAUAGAGAAGGUUCGAGAGUGUCAAUCUAAUCCGUGUAUGAGUAUGCCGUGUAGGAACGGUGCCACGUGUAUGUCUGUGGAGGGUUCGGCGACUGAAUAUACAUGUAGCUGUUCUAUCGGAUUCCAAGGAGCCAAUUGCGACGAGAGAUUAGAUCCAUGCGAAUCUAAUCCCUGCGGAUAUGAUGAGGGGCUAUUGUGCGAUAUCGGGCCCGACGGCGGACACAUUUGUCGCUGUUUGUUUGGUGGUGAUAUUGAUUCUAAUGGAAAUACGUGCAACAAUGAUGUAAAUGUGAUGCAAGAAAGUUGGUCGCCACAGUUCAAUGGGACGAGCUAUAUCGAAUCACAGCCGCUCGAAGGGCUAGGGAAGGCGUUCCGAAUCGAAAUUUGGUUUUUAACGAACCGUUUUUCCGGAAUGCUCCUCUACACCGGCCAGUCCAAUAAAGCCAAGGGGGAUUUUAUAGCGAUUAACUUAGUUAAUGGAUACCUACAGUUUCGGUACAAUUUGGGGAGCGGAAUCGCCAAUAUCACGUCGCCCGUGCCAAUAACAAAAGGUCGUUGGCAUAGAGCACGCGCAACUCGCGUUGGUCGCCAUGGCAGCCUUCAACUCGAUCACCACCCUACACAGCGAGGAAAUUCUGCGCCGCCUCUUACGCAUCUUGAACUUAUCUUACCGGUCUUUAUAGGGUCUUUACCUGCUUACGUCCGUCCGCACAAAAUGUCCGGCGUGACCAGCAGUUUCAUAGGCGCGGUGCAACAGGUCUUUGUGAACGGCAAUCCACUGGCUCUGUACAGUGGGGAGACUGCCAAGUGCUCUGUUGUGGCCGACGAAGAUCAACUGCCUUGCGCUACGAGCGGCGUGUCUAAGUACACUGGACCUCCUUGUGGAGAUGGUCUCACCCCGUGCAAAAAUAAUGGCUCCUGCAUACCUUUGCUAAACGAAUACAAAUGUAUCUGCCCAGACGGGUACCAAGGAAGGAACUGCGAGGUGCAAUUAAAAGUAGAGAUGCUAAACGACGGAGCGCCUAUUAAGUUCGACGGAAAUAAUUACUAUUCGUACCGAAGUCGGGGUGGACGUAGAAAUCGAGGUCCUCGUGGUAUUAGAUACGAAAUAAAGUUCCGGACUUAUAACGAUUCUGGCCUGUUGAUGUGGAGACGGAAGAUCGGUAUACGACCCAGAGACUUCAUCGGACUUGGACUGAGUCAUGGGAAACUGCAGCUUAUAUACACUGAUACGGAUGCCAAGGAAGUCAGUUUGGCUGCCAAUGAGGAUUGGUUCCAAUGUAUCGAGUCGAAGGAUAGAGUGGACGAUGGACUUUGGCAUACGGCGACUGUCAGGAGACGUAAAAGGCUUGCGAUGCUCCAAGUUGACGAUAUGCCACCAGUGAGGGGUUACUCGCAGUCAUUGCUUGUACCUUCGAAAGCAAAUCCCAAAUUAUGGAUCGGCGGAUCACCGUCGCUGCCAUUGGGAUUACCAGCGGCCCUUUACACGGGGCUUCGGGGCUGUGUAGCGAGCGUCAAAUCAAGCGGCAGGCACAUCGACGUCACUGCACCGAUACGACCAAUGACUACGAUACGAUAUUGCGACUAAAAAUGGCACUUAUCCAUCUUGGGAUAUGUUUCGUAGCAUACGUAACGAGAUUUCACUAUAAAGCUGGAAAUGUACAAGCGUGUCGUGUUGUCUAGUGACGCAUUAAUAGCAUAUCGGUUCCAUACAUUUAAUAUAGUCAAAGAGAGAGAUGUAAGGUGUUACGACAUUUACUCCAAUAUAAUAUUGUGUUUCUAGUUACAACGACGAUGAUUAUUUCUGACUUGACGCGUCUUUUUUGAGAUCUUUAGCAUAUUAUGUAACGAGAUAUUAUACAAAUGCCUACGUUGUGGCAUAUAAGACCGAACACAUAUCGAAAUCCCUAAUAGUAUUUUGAACUAAUCGGCGAUCAACUUAGGGCCAGGGCACACAGUCGGAGCGACAAUGAAGAGCAGUCGACAUUCCAAGAGAAAUACAGGCAAAGUAGCGGAAAAACGUAGCUACUUUUGUAUACGGCUGAAAUAAGUAAAAUAAAGAGCGGUCUCGAGGUGUGUGGUGAAGCCAGCAGACUUGCAUUGGUUUUUGAGAUAAUAUUAUAUUAUACAAAGAUAACUAAAGUUUGUUUCAUUUAUAUCGAGCUUUAUAAGUUUACGCCAAUAUGCUAAUCAAUUAGUCCGCGCUGGCCCUAACAAGUAACUUUUGCGAUGUUUUAUCUCAUUACGUGUGCUUCGAACUAAGAUUUUUUGUUUCGUAAUGGAAACAGAAAACGAAUAUCGAUUCAUAUCUUCAGAAGAUUAUGUAAAAGUGAAAUGUGAAAGUAUUAUUUUUUUGUGUAUAAAUAGUAUUAGAGUACCUGUUAGGCGUAGUUUUCACUGGGUCUGUGUUGCUGCGACAGAGUUUUGGUAUAAAAAAAUUAAAAUCAACAGAAUUUUGUAAUGAAAUAUCAUGAUCUCUUUUUAGGUUUCCGUACGUCUGAAUGCAAAACGGAACUCUUGUAGGAUCACUCGUGUGUCUGUCUGUUACUGCCAAUUUCCUCUGUAUCUGUUGGACCGAUUAAAAUUUGUAUUUUGUACCAAUAUGAAUAUCUGAAAUCCAACUUUUAACGUAAAUAUCAAAUUCAUCAAUUUUGAAGAGGCUUUUAUAAAAAUGCAUACCUAUAGUAGAUAUGUGUGAUAUAUCUUAUGAAAAGGCUUCUUGUGAGGAUCUUUAAUACAUAGAUUUUAUACAACUUUUUGCUCAAGGUAAUUUAACUUGGGCAACUUCGGUUAAUCAGCAAAAAUGGAAGAUGUGCGUUACUUUAUGCUGUGCAAUUAAAUAUUUCCCUGCUUAAUUUCGACGAAAACGUACCUAACCGAUUAAACGACAACUUUUCCUAAGCUGUUCCUCAAACCAAUUUGUAAGUUAAUUAAUCAUCGAAUUAAAUACAGAGAGGAGAUAUGGUUUUGCAUUUAAAAUUAUACGGUUACAUAAUUAUUAUGUAAGGCGCAAGUUACAUUGGCAUAGAGUCGAAGCGCAACUUUCCUGUAAUUUUGGAAAGUUUACUAAACUUUAUCUACAUUAGGUACUUAAUGUACAAAUUUUGGUACAGUACAAUUGUAUAAUUCAUCAUCUGUUUCGUAGUAAAUUAAAGUUCAGUUUAAGUUCUGCAUUUUUGUGCGUUUCUGCGCCCAUUAGCUUUGAGCUUAAUAUUUUUGACUCAAAAACGCCUUGCUCCUAUAUUUUAUCAAUAUAUGAUAAUGAAGGAAUGAGGCAUAGAUCUAGAACAUUUUUACGUAGAAAUCUGUCGCAACAGCAUAGAUUCAGUCGCCAUUUAGAACAUACCUACCGAUACAUAUCCUGCUCAUACUCGUUUAUUACUUUUGUGUAAUCAAUGCCGUCAUUAAACUGCGCGAUUAAAGGGGCAGAAGUGAACACAGUUUAUAUUCUGAGAUCUGCAAAAUUAAGUGAAUUUUUUCGUUUAAACCCGUCGAUAGGUUUUCUUCACUUUCGUAAUUUAGAUCAACUUGACUGUGAUGGAAAAGGCAAUAUGACUUUUUCACGAAAAUGAUGCUAUCUUAUUGCUAGGUUCCAAAAUUCAUUUGCGUAGAAAUGUGAGUGAAUUGUAAACAUGUUAUGAAUAAACUUACAAAACCUUGGUAGAAAGGCAGCCUAGGAUAGCUGUGGCGUUAAGUACAUAGAAAAAGCGUUUAGGGUACUGACUGACGGUUUUACAUUUCAGUGACGUCAUUGGACAUUAUUUAGCGAUCACUAUGUGAUGGCACCAAUCAAUGUGGCGGCAUUACUACGCUUAACUAGAUCAUAUAUAAAUGUCUAAUAACGUGUAAACAAUCAACAAAAGUUUUAGCCUAAUAAGAUGUUUUCCACUCUCCUACUCUAAUCGCGCAGAUUUUGUUAGGUAAUCUGUAUAAUCGAUUAUAGGUAAUCUUGUAUUCGUAUCUAUAACCAAAAGAUAAUGUUGCCAUAAUAAUUUAUGUUUAUAGUUUAAGAUUGUAGGGUAUAUAAAAAAGUUACAUCGGUGCUCGGUUUACACAUCAGAGGUAUAUUAAUAUGAAUAAAAUUGCAUAAACACAAAAGAUUAGGAGAUAUUAUUGUGUUGUUAUUACAAUUAAUAUUGUAUUAAUAUUCUAAUAUUGGUUUACAAAAUGAGAAAGGUCUCUUCAUCACCAGGGAUAUCUUGAAAUUCUAGAUGAAAAUUAAUAUUGAAUGUUAGAAAGGGUAUUGAGAAUAUGAGAGUAAUAUUAUAAUGUUGAAAGGGCUUUAAUAUUAACAUUCCGUAUUAUAAAUGUAAUGCUUUUAAAUUAAAAUCUAUUUACGUGAGUAACGCCGAUAUUAAAUAUAGGCAGCUAAGUAAAUAAUAACUCAACCUAUUACUUAUAUGCGCCAGGGCCAUCAGGUGAGAUUUAAGAUUUUUUAAGAUAUUCAACCUACCUACCUUCAAGUUUUUAAUUUAGCGAUUCCAUUGUUAUCAUUCCAUGUUGAUUAAGGUACAUACAUUACAUAGUUAUAAAAAUAAUACCUAUACUUUAAACAGUGCCAUAGUUGUACAGUAGAUGAUUUUACUAGAUAAUAGGUAUAGAAUAAUUAAAAAAGCUUAGUAAGUUUUUAUUUAGGAAAAUAUAUUAAUGUUUUUUAAAACUCAAGGCAUUAAUUAAACCAUGCGAAUUUGGUACUUUAUCAAGCGAAUGUGAACAUAUUAUGCAACUUAUUUUUAAUGGGUACUUAAUAAUAAUAAAUAACUAUUAUAUAGCGCUAUUAGUAAGUACUAAUUUAUUCGGUUACAGAAGGUUUUAGUGCCACACACUCAAACUAAUAAUACUCAUCAAUGAAUUACUUGAUAAUAUUAUUGUGUAACCACAAAAUAACUUUCAUCAGUAGGUAUACGCAAAACAGUCUAAAAUAGUAACCGAAAGAAACUACUGGGAGUUAUUAAACAAACCAUUGAAAUAAAAUCAUUUCAUAAACACUUUUUCUUAACUUAUUCGCUAUUUACAUUGUCUAAAAGUGCCUAGUCCACAUUGGGCCAAUGUAAUCGGCAAACGUGUAAGUACAGAGUUACUAGAGAGUACAUUUGCGUACGACCAGCGCUGGUUCGCUGACUUGUGUGUUUUCGUACAAACAUCAAGGAAUAUUCCGUGAUUGGUAUUCGUAUUGGCCGUUUAUACAUUGCCGAAUGCAUUAGUACAAUGUGUACUGGGCCCUUUGAAUAUUAUUAAUAGGGGGAAGAAAAAACAAUAGCAGACACGUAAAAGUUUGACGAGCUCUUGAGAGCUUUUUUUGAUAAAGAAAUUUACAAACUAUAACUUAAUAUUGUUCGAUUCGUGAAUCAAAUUUACCUUUUCAAUCUUAACUUUAUAAAUGAAAAUACAUUUUUCUCGCUAUCUCCCCUGUAUUUAGAUUAUGUUAUUUUGUGGUUAUAAUUUUUCUUUGUAUGUGAACUUGAUACGCAUUAUUUUAACUUAAUCUAAUCUAUUUUGUAAUAAAAUGUAUAUAGACUGUAGAUUAGAAUUUUUACACAGUGUUUGAUUGCUGCUUCUUAUUAUUUACCUACUUAUUAAUGUCCAAGAAUUAAGUACGAGAACUUAUGAUUUUUACUGCUUUAUCAAUGUUAUACCUAUCAUUAAAAGGGUAAUUUGGAGUCUGAAACUUAUUUAUUUUAUAAUAUAAAGUUAGCAAUCACGAAUUUAUACUGGACAUCAUGCAUAUGUUGAAUAUGUAUUUAAAUUCAAUUAAUUUGUUUUCUACAGCAUUUACUAAAUAAAUAAUAGAAAAAUAGUAAAGGAAUUUUUGUACUUACUUUUAUUGUUGAUAAUUGCUUUUGUAACGUAAUACGUCUUUUCUACUCUAGCGAUGUACAUGUAAAAUAUUAUACGUAAAUGCUAAUUUAAAGUAAACUAUGACAAUAUUAAAAAUAUCUUACACGGCGUCUAGACUUACUUUUAUAAUAUGUUAGCGCUUUGUGGUCAAGGUCGUAGCCAGAAAAGUGUGGGAAAGUGUUAUUGUUUUUGUAAUGUCUAAGUAAACUUCCUAAAAUUAUUUUUCAAUCUCGUUAUUACAUUUAAACAAAAAGUUUUUAUUAUCUUAGACGAAUAUUUAAAGGAGGUCAAAUUUUCCCACUGCUCCUCUGACUACGACCCUGUUCGUGAUGGGACGAUACUAAAAUCGUUUCAAUCCUAGAUUUAGGUUAGACAUCCUGCCGUUAAUUCGGAAACAUUUCGGUCAGUGGAAAAUCAAUUUGUAGAUAUUUGCUUACUCUCCAUGCGGGAGGUGUUAGCCUUUCGGUGGAGAUUUUCGUCCGGGGGUGGUUUGGGGAGGUGCAGCAAUAAAUAAACUGUUGUAGUACGUUGUAUCACUGGUUCUUAACGUAACUUCCGAUCUAAUUUGUUAAUACGCAUGUGUGUUUUGAUGUACCUAUAUUAGUUUAAAAUACAGAUGAUAAAUUAAAUGAGACUGCAUAUA